AUGCGGAGCCGCAACACGGAGAACAUGGUCGUCACGACGGAGACCCUGAUGCAGGACAAGGCGAACAUCGCCGAGGACUCCUACGAGAAGGUGCGGCUGCCCAAGGUCCGCGCGACGACGAUCGUCAAGAAGACGUCGCCGGGGCCCCAGAAGCCCGGCGCGGACGGCGCGUCCGUCGCCGCGCGCUGCACGGAGGUCGUCUUCCAGAAGAUCCCGCGCACGGUCGACUGGAAGGAGUGCCUCAUCAACAUCCAGGCCGCGACGAUCUCGCCCCUGGACCUCUUCAUCGCGAAGCACGGCACGGAGACCUUGUUCCGCGACGAUUUGCAGCUCCAGCCGCCCCACGCUUUGGGCUGCUCCGGCGUCGGCGUCGUCGAGGUCGUGGGCCCCGGCGUGCGCGACGUCGAGGACGGCGACUGGGUCGUGCCGCUCCGCGACGGUUUGGGCACGUUCACGUCGCUCUCCAUCUGGGACGACAAGGACUUCAUGAAGGUGCCCAAGGAGAUCAUGCCCGUCGAGUACAUGGCCCUCCACCGCGAGCUCUGCGUGGGCUACUACCUCAUGGAGACCGUCGCCGCGGAUUUGAAGGCCGGCGACGCGCUCGUCGUCAACGCGGCCAACGGCGCCGUCGGCCAGGUCGUCAUCCAGCUCUGCCGCCUCAUGAACAUCCGGGCCAUCGCCAUCACGCGGCGCCACGACAACUUCUCCGACACCAAGGCCUGGCUCGAGUUCCUCGGCGCCUACAAGGUCUUCGCGGACGACGAGCCCAUCGUGCCCGCGCUCCAGCGCGAGUACGCGUCGCUGCCCAAGCUCGCCUUCGACGGCGUCGCCAUCGCGGGCUUCUCCCACGGCGGCGUCGUCGCCAUGUACACGGCGCUCACGAAGCUCUCCCAGCCGCUGGGCUGCUGCGUCGCCGUCGGCGGGCCGCCCGUGCUGCCCCAGCUCCUCGGCCGCAAGAUCAAGCCCCACCUCCGCGACACGCCCGUCCACUGCCUCGGCGGCGCCGCCGACGCGACCUUCCCGGCGUCGGACUGCAAGCACGUCGUCGACUCCGUCCUCUCCGCGGCGCUCCCCGCGGCGAACUUCAAGGAGAUCCCCUACGGCCAGCACGAGGUCGGCGGCCUCGAGAUCGGCGCGCUCGCCGACGUCUUCGCCGACAACGUCAAGCUCUAG